AUGGGGUAACUAGUACGCUGUUGGCGGCGGUGUGCAGAAUAUUGUGUUAGUGUUGGGAUCAAUGAAAUUCACUUGGGACGCCUAAAAGAACUCAUGUGGGCAAGCCAGCCAGCUAGCCAGCCAACGAGGACAGGCGGUGCGGGACGAUCCUCUCUCUGCAGCAAGUUCCUCAUUUCUGAUGGAUGUGGAAGAAGGAUACUGAAGGGACAUAUCUCUCAGCCGUAAUGGUCAUCAGUUUCCAAGAAUGCUGAAUUAUUGUUUCCUGCGGCAAGAGAGCAAACAUUAUCAAUGAAGAGCCUUGCGAAGAAGCUGAGCAGCUGUGUCCUGCCAGGGGACCAGUUGCUGCCUCUACUGGAGGCACAUAUGACUAAGAAGCACAAGAAGUGUGACCUGCCAUGGGUGGAGAUGGUCAAGCGGCUGCUGACCAAAGCUGUGGAUGAGGACAAUGGGAUGCUGUUUGAAAAUGCUGCCACUUUUAUAAAUAUUCAACUGAGUGAGACAGUGAGGAAAGGCCUUAAGAAUCCCAGUCAGUUUGGCCAGAAGUACUCAGACAUCCUCAACAGCCUGCUGACCCACCUACACUUAAUCUUGGAGGACACAAAUUUGCAGGUGGUGGAGAUACACACCCUGUCAUCCCAGAUCCUUGCCGCUGUCAUUGAUAUGAGCAUUGCUGCAUAUAAGAAAGGCGAAGAAGCAUCUCUGGUGGCCAAGAUCUUUAUGAAACUGACUAUGAUUCUUGGUUAUUCCCAAGAGCAUCUCCUUGAUGCUCUCCUUCACUGCAAGACUCUCAUCCACUCUCGCUUACGGCAGCCUUCAAUACAAGUGCCACUGAUCAAGCGUUUGUUUUCAUCAAUCAGGAGUGGACAAACUAUGGCUCCAGUGUUGUAUUUGAAGUACUUACUACUGGGCAAACUGUGGCUCUUCAUGACAGAGAAGAAAGAACUUGGGAAGACAAGAACGUAUAUUGCCAAGGUGCUGAAACUUCCUGAGAAUAUUCCUGAUUGGGCAGAGAGGGAGAGAGUAUCAUGGCUUGGCCUGUCCCAGUGGAGCACUCGUCUCAUCCUGAAAAGCAUGACUCUCCGUGGGGCACAUCAGACUUUCUAUGGAGACAAGUAUGAAGAGAUCAGAGCAGGUGUUGAUUACCUGUUUAAGAAGGAAAAAUCCCCAAAGGCUGGCUCAUCAAAAUCUUGUACAAAUAAAAGAAUGACUGGAAAAGUUCAAACAAAUGACCAUGAAGAGUUUCCUAGACCUCCAUUUUCAGAGAUGAGCAGUGAUGAAGAUGUGAAACUGGAACUUGAGAUUGUGAAUGUAAUUAAUGAUACUACUGAUGAAGAACCUUUACCAUGCAGCUCAAGAAGUAAUGACAGUGAUAGAAAGCAGAAAAAGAAAAGGAAAUCCAAAGAAGUUCUUACUCCAAAGGGAAAGAAAAGAAAGGUAUCAAACCAUGUGGAGGAAGAAAAUGAACUUCCUGCAACAAGUAAGAGCAUAUCCCUUAUGAAGACCAAAUCUGGACUCUCUAAAUCCUCAGUGAAUAAGAAAGUGUGUAAGCAAAAGAAAACAGACAACAUUUGUUAUAAAAUUACUGAAGACUCGCCAGAAGUGCCAACUUCACUGACAGACAGUAAAGAGAGUAUGAAAGAAGAAAUCCAGAAAGUAGAUAUAAAUAGCCAUGUUGCUGAUGAAGGAAGUUCAUUCAGUAACAAAAGUAUUAAGAAGAAAGGAACAAAGAGAAAAUCAGUGGAGGUCUUAGAGCAGAAAAGAAAGAAAGGAAAAGUUCAGAACUAUAAAGAGGACAAAGAAACUGAUGCAGCUUUAACAAAUAAAGCAGAAACGAUAAAACUUAAGAAGAAAAGUAAGAAAACUACCAAAACUAUGAUUGGAAGUUCAAUCAGUAGCAGUGAAAAACAUGCUCAUCUAAGUAAAGCAGAUGAAUCAGAUGUCUUGCCAGACACUGAUCACACUCUUGAACACAUCAACUUCAGCCAUCCAGUUGAAGAAAAGCUAGAGACUUUAGAGAAAGCAAGGAAGAAGAAAUCUAGAAAAAGACCCAAAUUUACUGUGAUGGACAAAGAAGACUUGAGAGAUGAGAUCAGAAAAAAUAGCUGCCAAUUUGAUGAAGUUUGUGAAUAUUCUGGUGAUGCCGCCUCCUUGGGAACCUCAAGCAAAACACAGGAAAGGAAAAGCUCAAGAAAACAAAAACUUUCACUGAAGCAAAAAAGAAUAAGAAGAAAAAGCAUGAAUUUUACAGUGACUGAUUUAGAAGAAUUGAGAGACAAUUUCAUUGUAGAAGAAUUUGAGAACAAUAACAAUACAAGUAUUAGGGAGCUAAGUGUAAAUGAAGACAAUGAGAUAAAAGCAGUAAAUAUUAUGCCAAUGGAAGAACAAGUCAUAAGCAGUGAGAAAAAGGCAAGCACCGACUCUCAUGAAGAAAUUUGCAAUGAUGCUUCUGCAGCUGAGUAUCUUAGAGUGCACAGUGUGAAUACUGAUGCACAUGGUAACAGCUCAGAAGACAGUAGUGAUUAUGACCGAGGUGAUGGUGAUGAGGAUAACGAUUUUGAACAUGGUAAAGCCAAAUUAGAAUUGGAAAAUUCAACAGAGUGUAGGAAAGAAGAAGACAAUUUGAUUAAGGAGAACAGUACAAAGGACCAGGCUAUUCAUAAGGUUGAUACUGAGCCCAAUGAUGAAUCAAACAGCAGUAGUAAAUAUGCAGAUGAGUCUGAUAAGGGAACACUUGUGGAGGCAAAAUCUAACACAGCUGAUACAUCAGAAAAUGACACCAGUAAAGAACAUCAGGAUGAUUCCUUUGUGGUUGAAAGUGAUGCAGAUGUUAGUUGUGAAGAAAUCCAGUUAGAGAGUGAAAAUACUGAAGAUAAAGUUACUAUUGAUGUUGUCACUGGUAAUGAAAACAGAGAUGGUGAAGUAGUUCUUGAAAAUGGGCCAGAUGAGGUGAAGGAUGAUUGUGAUAGUAUUCUUAGCACAAAUAAAAGAAGUAAUGUAUUUACAAAAGAUGAUGAUGAAAUCGCUAGUAAUGCAUCAGAACAACUGCUGAAGGAGUCUUGUAACAAUACUGAAGAAUAUGAAAAUGUAAUUGAUGAGGAAAGUAAUUUAGUAGAUGACAUCAUCAUCACAAAGUGCAUAGUACUAAAUCCAGAAAGCAAAGUUAUAAAGAUUGACAACAGCACUGAGGAGGAGACAGUUACUCUCAUCACCAGUGACCAAGAUGAAGAUGGCAAGGAUACUACUCUGGAGGCUGCAGAUCAUUGUGGCCACCAUGAUGAAGAUAAAGAAGAUGAUUCCAAGAUUUCAAAUAGCUUUCAUGAUAUCACAGUUCUUGAAUCUGGAUGCGAAACCAAAGUCAUCAUGGGAAGCAUUUCAGAGACUAGCGACGUAUCACAGUACAGUGUAAGAGACGAUGAAAGUGUUAUUCUCAAAGCACCAGAGUCAGACCAGGCUAUCACUUCUUGUAAAGAGUCCAAUGAAGUGUCUACCAUAGAAGACACCAAAGGCUUUAUUGUGUUAAAGGAGGAGCCAGUAGUGACAGAGGUUGAGGACUCACUGGAAGAAGUGAAACAGGAAGGAGAGAUUAAAACAUCUCCCAUUAAGAUGUCUCCCAUUAAAAUGUCUCCCAUUAAAACAUCUCCUCUUAAAGCAUCUCCCAUUGAUGUAAAAGAUACAAGCAUGAUGGCAGAAGUAUCUCCCAUCAAAACGUCUCCCACUGAUACAAAAGAUGCAAGCAAGACACCACUUGUGCAUCGUCGUAGAAGUAGUGAACAAAGUAAAGAUGCAGUGCAGGAUCCUGUCUCUAGAAUGAUGAAUAACUUGUAUAAGUCAAAUACAGUAAAGAUAGAUAACAGUGAAAAAGAAGGAAGCAAUAAUGAAGUUCAGAAUUCAGAGCUUCUCAAUGGUCAUGAAAAUGCAAUAAGUGAUGAUGAUGAUAAAUCUGUGAUUGUGGAUGAAGAUGAAGAAAUUGAAAGUAUGUUGCAGAACAUUGUGAAGGACACUGGUCGGCCAUCAAGCAUUCAUGGCUUGAGGGAAAGACUCCUCAGUGAAUCAUCUGUGAAGAACGAACAGGAGAACUCAGGUCAUGAUGUACAAGAUGACAAAGAAUCCAUUAAAAACAGUGAAAUGUCUCUAUGUGCUUCCCAAGUCAAAACUUCUGACUCAGCCAGUUAUCCAUUGCUGGAAUCCACAGAAGCCAUGAGUAGUAAAUCUGUGACUCAUAUAGAGGAUCAAAAAGACACUGAUAGCCUGUUAGACACCAUUGUGAAGGAUGAGAGCCGGCUGGCAGAAAUUCGUGGGCUGCGAGAGCCACUCUUUUUAAAAGCUUUUGUGUUAAAUGAAAGUAUGGAAAUUUCUGAAUGUGGCAAAGAUAGCAAAGAAACAACAAGAGAGAACAGUGCCUCCCAUUUUAACAGUCAAAUUGAAAGAGGUGAAGGCAGUCCCAAAAAUUCACAUCUUCUGGAUGAUGAGGUAUUACCAAGUAAUGAUACAUUGUCAUCUGAUACUACGAAGAAGAACAAGGAUUUAAAGGACGAACCUUGCACUUCUGAUAAUGGUAAGCGUUUAACUACAGGGAAUGAUUUAAGCAUCCCAAAUGAUAAUGAAGCAAAAAAUAUUGAUUAUAGUAGCAGAGAAGUUACAAGAGACAAGGAUCAAGAGACCAGUGAUGAUAAGCAUUUUAAAAAAACAGAACAUGAUAAUGUUCUGAAUGAUGAGUUUAUGUACAUUACUUCCAAUAAUGCAGGUAAAGAAAAUUAUUCAGCCUCAGUAGAGGGAAUGAACACAAUAGAAGAAGCUUCCCCCAAAACAUUAGACACUGAAUCAGUAGAAACAAAUGAAGCAGAGGGAUUGUCAGACAUCAAUACAUCAACAGAUGGUAGUCUCUCUUUAGCUCUGAAAUUGAGCAACACAGAAGAAAUAGAAUCAGUUAUGGACGAAUCAAGAGACAAGUGUAUAGAGGGAGCAGAUGAAGCCUACGAAGCAAGCAGUGAUGCCUCGGAGGACCCGGCACCCAGGACUCGAAGACGAAGCCGUUCUCUGAGAAAGUCGUUUGCUCAGCAGGAGCUGCAAAUGGCUUCUGAUUCAGACUCAUCACCAGUGCGAGCUUUCCAUCGGAGAGGGUCAGCUUUAAAUGCUGCAGGACAACAGAGAUCAAAAAGGAGGAGAAGCCAGAGCUGCUCUUUAGAAAGUGUGUCCACAGCACCAGACACCCAAAACAAGACACAAACUUUAGAAAAAUCUUUAAAUAAAAUUUUCACUUUAGAAAAAGAGUAUACAUUCAGUGAGACUUUCACAGUAACAAGUAAAAAUAUAUCUUAUUCCAAAGCUUCUGCACCAAAAGACAUAAAUAUUGAUUCCAGUGAGGAAAAGACUCUUGUGGCCUCAAAUGAAAGCAACCAAGAUGUGCUGCCUGCAGAAUCGGAUAAGACUCCUAUUGUUAAAAACACAGAGGAUACUCCUCAUGUCUCAAUGGAAACUGUUGUGACUGAGACAACAGAAACUGAUGCAAUGGAAUCCUCUUCCAAAGCACUACCACCAAGCUCACAAAACAAGGAACCACUUCAUGGGUUGACCUUAGCAAAGAGGAGUAUUUCCUCAUCUUCUGACACUACACUGAAAGAACUUCCCAACAAACCUUCAAGCCCAUUCAAGCCCAAUUCAGAUGAUGUAAGUCAGAUUGAAUCAUCUGGUCACAGUAAAAAUGAAGUACCAAGUAAAGUUAUGGAAGAUACAACUGCUCAGUCUAAUACAUUACUUAAUAAAGGAGAGACAGCUUCCUCCAAACUUGAUGUUCUUUCCAAUGAAAUUUCAUGUAAAUCCCAAGACUGUGAAAUAUUAAUUAAGGAACAGAAUUCAUUAACAGAAGAAGAGAGCCAAAAGUCUUUGGAUGCCAUUAAAGAUUCAGAAAAUCAAGAGCCUCUGUCUGAAGUCCCCAGAAUGAAAGAACAUGAUACAAGUGACAAGGCAGGUCUUGCAGAGGACAUUGAAAAUGGAACUGAGCAUGAAGAAAUUAGAAACAAUGCUGAAUCUGCUCAAGUCUCUGAAAGUGAAACUCAACAUGAAGAAAUGAAAAAAGAUGCUGGAUCUUUUCAGAAUUUAGAAAAUGGAAUUGACCAUGAAGAAACUGGACAAGUUGAUCGCUCACAAAAACAUAUUGAUGAGGAAUUAAACCAAGGAAUGGCUGAAGGAAUUUAUGAAGGUGAAGAAGUAGAAGUUCUGUCCACAUCAGGAAUUGAAGAAGAGGAUGAAAAAGAAACUGUAGGAACAACACCAGAGGGUAUUGAUAACAGAGAUGUUGAAGAUAGAAAAACUGACCUUUUAAUCUCAAAGAAGUCAUUGAGGUCCCACAUACGGCAGCUGUGCUUGACAAAGGAUGGGAAAGAUGUGAGCAGUGACUCAGGAAGCAAGGAUGGUAGACUUGCUCAGAUUCCAGUGGGCAAAGCUCAGUGUUUAUCUCAGGUAGCUCUUACAAAAGAAGUACUCAUCAGUCCUGAUGUUAGUGAUGAAGAGUGUGAGCUUGUCUCACCGGGAGUAGAUCUCAGUGAUGCCAAAGUCCCUAUUGAAGUGGAUGCCUUAGAUGACAGUACUUCUCAAAAGAAUGUCUCUCUAUGUUUCUCCAACCUCAAUCUGCAGAAAAGCAGUGGAGGUAUUAACUCACCUCAUAAGACCAUACCAGAAGAACAAGAUGAAACCACUAUCCCUAAAAGCUCAUCAGAUCACUGUCCUAAAGCAUCUACACUUCAAAGAAGCAAAACUGUGACUAUUCCACCUUCAGUAUCCAUCCCAGAUACAGAGAAGCCUGACAACAGAAGGAUAUGCACCAGGAGGUCCUCUCGGGGAGUGGCGGGUGAGUGUGCAUCUGGUUCAUUACAAAUUGAGGUGCCAAAGUCAGCCAAGAGUCACAUAAAAUCACUCAAUAACUUUAGCAGCAUUCAAAAAGAACAGACAGUUACUUCUGAUCCUGAAAGUAGCCCAGAUGCACCUAACAGAUUUGCUAUUGAAAAUGCAGGCCAGAAAAGGAAAGAAUCCCUGGCAGAUGCACCUAAGGACUCGAGAAGUUCAAGAGAUUCACAUGAUUCAGUUUCAUCUCUCUGUAUUGACAAAGAGAGUAAGGAGAAAAAACUGCAGGCCAGUUCACCAAGUAGUGCAGGUUCAAGAGAAAAAGAACUGAAUGCCAGCAGAAGUGCUUCCCAAGAAAGAAUGUUGCUAUCUGUGCAAAAUCAAAACUCUGAACUUUUAUGUGAAGAUUCAGAUAAUUUACACAAGCCAGAAAGAUGUAAAGUUGCUAAACUGCUUCCUGCAAAGAAUGGUUCACCAGAUACUCCAGAAGACACUGUGUUAAAGGAGGACAAAGGGGAAAAAAAGAGUCCCCUCUUGUCAUCCAUUAAAGAAGAAUCAUCUGCUUGUGAUACUCCUUGGUCUGUUGGAAGGCCUCAUACAUGCUUACCUUCAUCAACAUCAUCAUCAUCAUCAUCAUCAUCAUCAUCAUCUACAUCCCCUGCCCUGCUUCCUGUCAGGAGAAGCUCAAGGCUUAGGAAUCAGUCCAGUGAUGCCUCCUUUCUAACAAAGGACUCAAGAAAGGCAGACAGCUCUAGUGCCCAUUCUGAGAGUGAACAAGAAAUUAAAGGUGAGGACAAGAAUACACCUGGAAGUCCUAAGAACUUAAGAAGAAGUAUGCGCAGCAGCACAACCCCUCGGAAGGCCCUUAGUGAAGCAAGGUUGUUGACUGAGUAGGGGCUCUUGUCCUGUGGAGCAUUGUGUUGUGAAUUUUCAUGCAAAAGAGUAUAGUAGGACUGUGCAUUUGGUGACUAAAUUUUUUUUUUUUAAAUCACGUUGCCAAACAUGAAAUUGCCAAAUGCAAAAAAGAAAGGUAUCAGUAGUAUAAGAGCCAUCACAAAGUUACACUUUUGCUUAAUUUGUGAUGUAUUACAUAAAUUUUUGUUACCAACCAUUACGAGAUAGCUAAAGAUAGAAUAUAUUUACAAAAAUGGAAUGAAACUGAAAGCCAUGAAAUAAGUAUUACAUAACGAACAUUAGUUUGGAUAAAUUCUGCUUCCUUCAGCUGUGAUUUGUCAGAUGUAUCCUAGCUGAAGGAAAUUAUCUCUGUCUGUGUUGAAAUAUUAACUCUAAAUAAUGAAACUGCAAAGUAAUACUAUGUAUAAGAUUAGUAAAUAUACAGUAUGUGUACUGAUGUUCUGUAUGCAUGAAAAUAAACAUGACCUAUUCUUAUCUAUAAAAAUAUAAGAACAUAAGAAAAGUUACAAGAAGGUAGUAGGCAUACAUAUGGCUGUCCCUGUGUAAAAUGUACAACUUUUGUCCACCAGCCAUCCCCAUACAUAUAGAAACAAAUCAAGACAGCAGUUGAUAUGUAUUGCAGAAUAUGACAUUGAUAAGACACCCCAUGCCAGAUAUGUAGUCUUGGUGUAAGUGUAAUAUCUUGUAUUGCAAAUGCUAAUCAGUUUUGCAGUGCAUUUUAAGUUAAAUUUUGUUUUAAUUCUUUACACAAGUUUGUAUUUUAUUUCUUGUUUUGAGAUAGCUUAAUCUUUUAUACUAUUAUUUCAGUGUUGAAAUUUCUUUGUUCAAGUUCAUUAUUAUAGAUAAUAUUGAAUACCAAUGUCUUGGCAAAUGUUUUGUAACUAUAAUAAAAAGAAAACAUUUUUAUACUAAAGAUAACACUUAAUGUAUUGAAAUGUUCAAUGAGUUCAUUAAGCUUUCCAUAUUCAUCAUUAAAAAUGAAAACUGUUA